CCAAACCCACGGGGCGGCUCCAGCUGGGUCUAUAACUUGCUGCCUUGAAGCCAGGGGCUGUCUGCUCCGCUGGCUGGAGGCUGAACUGGGCUGUCCCAACCCAGAGCGUCUGUGGGGCAGGAUCAUGGUGGGGCUCUACUCCCGGCUGGCCCUGCUGCUGCUGGUGGUGAUGCUGCCUUCCCCAGCGCAUGGUGCAGAGGAGAGUCAAGACCAGCCAGUGUUCAGCCGUAUCAUAGAGGGGCAGGAUGCCCAGGAGGGUCGAUGGCCCUGGCAGGUCAGUGUGCAGUUUUUUGAUGCCAAAAAACGUGACUACCGCCACAUCUGUGGAGGCUCCCUCAUCUCAGCCCAGUGGGUGGUGUCAGCCGCUCACUGCUUCAGUUGCUCUCAGUCCUGUUCCCAGUACCGUUUGGUGCUGGGGGCACACCAGCUCCUCAACCCCUCCCCAAAUCAGAUCCUGGUCAAUAUGAAGCAGAUCAUCCUCCACCCCAGUUACAAUAAGAAGACCAAAGUUGCUGACAUCGCCUUGGUGAGGCUGGAGAAGCCCGUGAAAUACACCAAGUUCAUCCGGCCCAUCUCCCUGCCGGGGGCCUUCUGCCAGUUCCCCGAGAAGACGAAGUGUUGGGUCACCGGCUGGGGAAAAGUUGAAAUGACCAAGCCUCUCCCAAAACCCAAGACCCUGCAGGAGCUGGAGAUUCCCAUCAUCAAAACAGCAGUCUGCAACGAUCGUUACAAGACCCUGGCUCCACACUCACCUCUGGGUCCAAACAUAAUCAAACCCAGCAUGAUCUGCGCCGGGUACAUGGACAGCCCCAAGGGAUUCUGCAAAGGAGACUCCGGGGGGCCUCUGGCCUGUCAGCAGGACGGCACCUGGUACCUGGCUGGAGUCGUGAGCUGGUUUAUGACCAAAUAUGUGCAUGGAACCAUCUGUGCUGACUGCAGGUUCCCCGGGGUCUUCACCCGGGUGACGGCCUACAACAGCUGGAUCCGGAGACACAUGAGAGGCACGGCCCCUCUGCCAGAGUCUCUCCAGCCGCGUUGAUACUCGCCGCCCUCCUCCUCACCGCCCCGUGAGCCGCACACGGACCUGCCCCUGGCACUGCCAAGCCAGCCCCUCUCAGGAUGUCUAUAGACCGCCCCCCUUGACACUGGGUUUGGGCCCCGUGUUGCUGGGGUCUGUGGGACGCGGCUGGGAGAGGCUGGUGGAUGGAAGCACAGGGGCACUAUGCGGAAGGCGAGGGCAAAGGGUGGGGGGUUAUCUCCUGCCUUUCCUACAGCUCUGACUGGGAAGCUGACGGGGAAGGGCCCAGGAGCCGCUUUGAUCCCAUGACUUGUGCUCUGAAAAU